CAAUACUAAAGAAAUUCGAAGCUAACGAUGGAGGGUCAUAUAUAAUGUGAACUCUUGAACAGCUACUUCGCUAUCGUUACUUCGUCCCGUCUGUGAUCGAUGAGCUUGAACAUGCCCCAAAAAGAAGAAGUCAAGUCCAAAACCGCCGGUGAGGAUUAUCGCAAGGUAUGGGGCGAUUACGAUCUCAGCACGGACAAGCCCGGUGAGCGCGACGAAACCGGUGUCAAUAGAAAGGACGUUGCCAAUACAUACUACGACCUCGUCACGGAUAACUAUGUGGGAGGCUGGAAUGAACGCUUCCACUACUGUACCUUCGAGCCGGGAGAGUCGUGGGACGUGGCGAUGGCUCGUCAUGAGCAUUACAUGGCGAUGCUAUGCGAGAUGAAACCUGGCAUGAAGGUUCUCGACGCUGGCUGUGGAAUCGGUGCGCCAGCAAGGGAGAUUUGCAUGUUCACCAAAGCGCAUGUCACUGGGAUCACACUGAGUCCUUAUCAUUAUGCCUGGGCGACAGAUGCUGCGAAGCAGAAAGGGUUAUGGGGACAAGGCGAUGGGCAAUGCGAAUUCGUUCAGGGAGACUUUCAGAAAAUGCCAUUCGCCGACGAAUCUUUCGAUCGGGUUUACGCAAUGGAGGCGACUUGUUACUCUCGCCCACUCUCUGCUGUCUAUAGAGAGAUCUUCCGCGUGCUAAAACCGGGUGGCAUUUUUGGCACCUACGAAUGGAGUCUCACAGAGAAGUAUGACGACAGCGAUCCGAAGCAUCGAGAGAUCAGAAACAGCAUCGAGCGUGGUGGAGGAGUAGUAUACCUGAACAAUCCAAAGGAGAUCGAAGAUGCACUGAAAGAAGCGGGCUUGGAGAUAUUGCAUCACGAGGAUCUAGCUCUGAAAUCAAGAGUUCCUUGGUGGUAUCCCAUGGCCGGGCAGACCGAGUACGCGACAGCUUGGGAAGAUUGGAUUAAGACGUUUCGUAUGAAGUCAGGAAUGGUAUCCUUUGGGUACUUCGUCCAUUGGCUCUUCUGUAAGACGGGAAUCUGGCCCGAUGCAAGACGCGAAGCCCUCAAUACUUGCGUCCAAUGCGCCUGGGGAAAUAAAGAUGGCGGUAUCACGGGGACUUUCUCGCCUUUCAUGAUGUUUGUUGUCAAAAGGCCUGAAGUUUGAUUAGAA